AUGGCCGCCUCCUGGCCUAAACGACCUCAGGAGACGUUUGUACACGUUGUAUUCUUUUCUUUUACUGUUUCUAACUCUUGGUACCCCUUUGAUGCAACUAAGAGGCCAGCGUACCAAUGGACUUAUGCUCAUCAAAUUAAUGCAGAUUUAGGUUCACUCCCACUGAAAGAUUUAUUUGAGAAUUUUGAGUUAGCGACGAGAGGGGAGGGUAAGAACAUAGUUUCAUACUUCACCCACGACACUAUGAUGGAAAUGAUGUUCUGCGCUCUUGGGCUGUAUAAAGACAAGAGCGUCAUAACAGGAUCUUCAAGAAAUCCAGACAGAUUAUGGCGUGCAAAUGUGAGUCAGAUACUCAUAGAGUCCAGUUAUUCAUCAAUGAGAAGCCAACCAGUCUUUGUCCUGUCGAAGGCUGCUCGUGGUCACAGUUCGUCCAAAUUUUCCAAAGAUUCUCCAACUCAUCACUGGCGUUUUGUACAAAUAGACGCUCUGAUGUCGAUGAAGAUGGCAGUAAUUUAA